AUGGGGCGUGGCCGAGAGCUCCUGGGCCCGCGCACCGGGAGCAGCACGGCGCCGGAGGUCGGGAGAGCGAGCGCGGAGAGGCGCGCUGGCUGGCGCCGCGGGCUCGGCCCUGCGGCGCUGGCGCUGCUGGCGCUGGCCGCUGGCCACGGCCGCGCGGCCCGCCCCGCCCUGGCGCCGCGGGCCCUCGAGGGCCAGGAUGCCUCGAUCCUCGAGGUUCGAGAUGCCGCCGCCUUCGAUCCCGCGGCGCUCUCCGGCCGCGAAGCCACGGGCGAGGCCCAGUUUCUUUUCGACUCGGCCAUCGAGACGCUGCUCGUCGAUUACGAGGCCAGCAGGAUCGCGGACGAGGUCGUGUUGAAGCUCGAGGCGGGCGGGUGCGUAGGACUCUCCACUCGCGGCCCCUACGCCUUCCGCGUGCGCUUCAUCAUGGGCGAGCCAGGCACGGCGCCGCCGAUACACUCGCCCAUGGUGGAGCCGGACGGCACCGACGCUCCCUUCAGGCACUUCAGCGGCAACGGGGAGGGCAUUACGGCCGCGUUCGGGGCGAUCACGCUGUCGCCCAGCGGCACCCUGGUGCUCUGGAAGGGGGCCGUCGGCGGCGCCGUGCUGGCGGAGACCGAGAGGCUGAACCUCUCGGCCGGCUCCGUGGCGUUCCAGAGCAUCAAGGCGUCCUCGAGCGCCGACGGCGCGGCGCCGCCGCAGGCCAAGGUCUACGGCGGCGGCGCCAGCCCGAAGGACGCGGACCGGCUGCGGCGCCAGAGGUCCGACGCGGCAGUGUACAACACCGCCACGUACGCUCCCCAGGAGCGGCGCCGCUGGCGGCCGACCCGGACCGUGGCGCUGGGGAACGGGCCCAGCCAGAUGCUCCUGUUUAACGCGUUCCCUUCUUCCAGGUACUACCACAGCAACGGCUAUGCUGCGCUCGGCGUGGUCAAUGCCACGGGCGGCUACAAGCUGCCCGUGAGCUGGGCCGUGCAUGGCGAGACGGUUCGGUGGUCUUUCAGCAACGCCAGCGCCAGCUUCGAGUCUGCGGCCCCCUCGGGGAACGCGCUGCUGCUCUGGCGGAACACUGGCGAGGACUUCGCGCGGCUGCCCCCGGCGCCCGCGACGCCUGCGACCCCGUUCUCGAGGCAGUGCUUUCUGAGGUUCCGGAAGGCAGGGGCGCUGCUCUGGGGCGCCCGCGCUGCGCCCCAGCCUCUCGCCCGCGCUGGGAUCUGCGCCCUGUGCCGGCCUUCGUUCUGCCUGCUAUUCGCCAUCCAGCGAGUUGGCCCUCUGACUGGGCCGUGGGUUAACGCGAAAGAGACCGCGCUUGUCUCCACCCGGGAUCAGUGGCCGCGCCAGCUCGCCCGCAGCAGAGCGAUGGCUCCGGCGGGCCGCGCCCUGGCCGUGCUGGCGCUGGGCGCGGUGGCCCCCUCGGGGCAGCGGCCCCUCGGCACGAUCGGAGUGGCCAUGGCGGGGAAGGGCUGCGGCCUGUCUGGCAGCUCGGCCCUCGCGGCGGAGCCCUGCAACGGCGAGGAGGCGCGGCUGUCCGGGGUGGCCUUCGGGGGCGUGGCCUUUGGCCUCGGCAGUCGCGGCGGCGGAGACGGGUUCGGCGGCAGGUGCCCGUACCUGGUCGACGGCGCUUGGGCCGCGGGCGCUCGCUGGACGGGCCAGUGCCGCUUUGCGGAGCGCGCUGGCGAGAUGACGGUCAGGCUCCACGGCUCCGCGUGCUUCAUGGCGGUCCAGAGCGACCAGUGCGCCGCCAACACGUUCGACGAGGCCACCUGCGACGAUCUGCACUCGGACGCCGCCGUGUGCGCGUGCGAGGGCCUGCUAGCGCCGCCCGCCGCCGCAGGCACUACCGAGGCGGUGUCGGACGGCACAGCCGACAGGCCCUUCUGCAGCUGGCGCAGCCAGUGCACCUGGGACGCCGCCGCCAUGGCCGAGUGCGCCACGGCUUUGUGUCAGGCUGGUGGCUUCGCGGCUGGCGUCUUCGUGUCCGCCUCCAACGACCCGUGCACGAUGAGCUUCGCUCCAAAUACAGGAUCUGAUUGGUUCUGGCUGCUGGACGACGACGAGGUAAAAUAUACCCUGGCCAAGAUGGACGCGCAGGUCACCGCCUGCUGCGGGAGCGCCACGACCACUGUCAUUAGCACUGCGAUGACACCUGCUCCCACCAACGCUCCCACCAGCGCUCCCACCAGCGCUCCCACCAACGCUCCCACCACGACCACUUUCAUCAGCACUGAAGUGACUCCUGCUCCCACAAACGGUCCUUUUACGACCACCGCGAUGACUCCUGUACCUACUCCCGCUCCGACGACCACCGAGAUGACGCCUAGUCCUACGUCUGCUCCAGUAGCAACCCCUGCUCCCACUCCUGAUUCGAAUGUUUUCAUCACGACCACCAGGGCCAGCACGACGCAGGAGCUGGGCACAGAGCCCGUGGACCAGACAACUGAGACGGUGACCUCACUGACUGAUACGCCGGUGUCGGUCACGGCAGCAACCAGCACGGCGCUGGGAGGGACCACGAUCCUGGACCCAGACGCGAGCGCCUCCACUGAGACCACGACAGUUGGCCGCACUUAUUCCACCACGUACGGCCUGCAGUCGAGCACCACCCUCGAUCCCAUCGCGACCGCUACGCUCAGCACGAUGGGGUCGACGGUGACGACCACACCGACGACCACGCAAACCCUGAAGUGCUACGACGCCCCAUCAGUGCUACACGCACCCGACACGGGCACGUGCGCUGGGACCCCCGAUGGCAGCGCCUGCGACGUGCAGUGCGGAGACGGCUACGUAAUGACCGGGGUUGCGGCGUGCCGGGGCGGCGCGUGGGACGUCACUGGGCGGUGCGUCCCCUCGGGUACGCAGGCGACGACCCUGUCAGUGGCGGAGGUGAUCAUGCGGUUGUCCGCCUCGAACGGUUACGAGUGGGCCACGGAGCACCAGGCCGAGAUCGAGGCCGCCAUCGAGGCGACCCUCGGCACCCUCGACUUCCUGGUGGACAUUUUUCCGGUAAGCAGCCGGCGCUUGACAGGCGGCUCUCAGGACAUCUCGCAGGCAGAUGAGUUCGAUAUCGUCGUCACCGUCGUUGUCGAGGGGGCGGCUGGCGGCGAGGAGCAGGCGGCCUACGACAUAUGGAGUUCCUUGGCCGGCGGCUUCGUGGGUAGUCUCACGUCCGUGCUGGACAGCGCUGGCGAGCCAGUACCAGGUGGCCUGCGGCUCGAGACCAUCGGGGAGCCCGUGGUGAUCCCGGAGUACGAGAUGCCGCUGAAAUCAUGGAUCGCUGGAGCGUGGGGCUCCUGCAGCGCUACGUGCGGUCAGGGCACGGAGGCCCGGGACGUCUUCUGCUCCGUGGGCGUGCAGUCGACCUGCGAGCGCGCCGGCGUCGGACCCAUGCUGGCAGCGGCCCGGGAGUGCGAACAGUUUGUCCAGUGCUCCUUUGACCUCCUGUGCCCGCUGGGACGGGACACCUCUCUGGGCUGCGGCGCACAGCUGGCGCUCAUCGUGGCCUGCGUCGCGCUGGCUGGGCUCUGCGUGCUGGCCUGCGCCUGCGCGCGCCUCUACGCCAUGAGCCGGGUGAGUGCGACGGGGCACGUGAGCAUGCUGGGCGGCAUCCAGGCCAAGUAUACCAUCGAGAAGCGGAGGCAGCAGCAGCAGCUGCAGCAGGGCAACCAGCCAGACCUGGAGCACGGGAGCGUUUCGCUUAAAGCCGAUGGUGGCAAGACGCACAUCGUCUGGGAGGUGGACAUGGACAAGGUGCAGGAGGUCCUGAGUCCCAGCGCCUCCGUGGUGGACCCGCUCGGCGCACACUCGCCAGCCGCCAGGCGCCGCGGCAGCGGCCUGCUGCGGAAGUGGUCGCGGGUCUCGGGCGGCUCCAUGUCGCACACCCCGUCGCGGGCCUCGGGCGGCUCGGGGGACGAGGAGCUGGCCCGGCGCAUGAGGCACUGGCUGAGCGAGCAGGAGAGGUGGACGAGGACGAGCUGGACGACCGCAUCGAGGCCGCGCUGCUGCAGGCCCGGCGCUCCGCCCUGA